AUGAGCCCCUCGAACCGUGAGGACAGGCGUGUGUUGGCAUCCACGGGCCGGCCCGCGCUGCAACCUCCCACUUCUCUGGACGAGCUGGUCUUUUCCUCCGAGGGCUCGGGCCAAGGGAGCCGAAGGAACUUCUCGCCAAGGCGGGCAGAGUUCCGAUUCCUGCCCGAGAGCCUGUCUAGGAGGGUGCCCGCAGUGCCCCCGCUGUUCCCGUCGCAGCGGGCACGCGUGGGCACCACCCUGACUAGCGCUGACGACGACGAGGAGGCCGCUCCGGACUCCCCCCUGUCACCCUAUGCCAAGACGAAGCGCUCGCCUAAGGUGAAGUCUUUCCAUUCCUCCUUCUUUCUUGAAAAGCAGUCAAAACGGAGAGUGAAUGGGGGCAUGAAUGUCUCUGACGACCUGCACCUGCUGACGAUCGAGGGCUUCGAGGCCAAGAGGGAGCCAGCAAAAGAUGAGCUACCUUCGCCUUCGAACAGCAUGAAGAGGAUGGGACUGCAGGACCUUGACGCCAAAGACGUGCAGAAAGCGAGGCGCCUGAGCUCCCUCUGCGUGCGGGGCUGGACGCAGAAGAAGGACGAGCCCGACGCCACUUCGGAAGGCUGGACCGAAGGCUGGACCCAGGAGGAGCAAGAGGGUGCCGUGGAUCGACUCCUGCGACUGCAGCGGGAGCUCCAGGACGCCUUGCAACUCCAAGCCCGCGGUUUUGCGAUUGAGCUCAAGGCAAUGACCAUUGCUGAAGAGAAGGAGAUGCUGGAGCUGGAAAGCAUCAUUGAGGAGAAUGGGCUUACAGGGAGGGCUGCCCUGGCAUACAUCCUCUGCGCCAAGUUGGGAUCCUUGGACGCCGCCUUCAACUACCUGGAUAGCAACAGCUCUGAAGCUUUUGCAUCAGUCUCCUGGCACACUGGCUUGACGAUCCUCCGUGUGGACCUCCCCAAGAUCGCAGGCCUUGGAAAGCAGCAGAUGUUCUCCUCAAUCACGAAAGGUGGGACGACAGUGUGUCGUGAAGCGUGGCGAGAUUACUUCGCUGGCGUCGAAGACGCGCUGCCGCUUCUUCCAAGCCAGCGGCGGCCACGAAGGCUUGCAGCGAAGCCAAAGGUGCCCGAAGCUCCCAGGGCCACGGUGGCGGUGCCCGAGGCCCCGAUGUCUCCAAAGUCUCCGAAGCCAAAGGAGUUCGAGAGGAAGCCGUCCCCCGAGACGAAGCCCGAGGAGAAGAAGGAGGAAGCCGACACAAAGGGAAGCAGCGGCUGGCGCAAGCUGCGCAUGGCCACCAAGAAGAUACAGAGCUUGAAAAACUUGAUGAAGGAGGAGCCACAGGAUCCCCAAGACGUCCAAGAAGACGACGAGGCCUUCAAAGAGAGAGUCACGAAGCAGCUGCACGGCUUGAGCCCGGACGAAAGUGUGAAGCUGUUCAACCUGUCCAGAAAGCAACGGGCGAUGUGUCUGCAGGUGGCCCGAGAUUCAGGUCUCUGGUCCUCAACGCAGGGGUCCUCGCUGCUGGUUCUGCGGGAGGGCCCCUUUACGGAGCAAGUGCGGAAGGAGAUCGCGAACCUUGCACCGGCAGCGGGCCUCCGCCUUCUCGUCUCGAAAGUUGGACCAGGCCUUGUUCUCCUCGGCCGAACGCUGACGGAAUUGAAUGGCAUGCACAUGUCCAAGGCUGUUGGAAAGGUUCCCGCCUGCUGCGAGGAGCUGUCAUUGCCCGCAGAUUCGCCAGCCUCCCGGAGCCUGAUGGACAUCAGCCAGGGCCAGGAGGAUGGCUAUGACGUGGACAUCUUCAAUGACCAAGGUGGCGAGGAGGAGAUCCGAGUGGCAGUCGAAGCCCAGCUGGCCAACUUGCCGGUUGAUGCCAUCUUCGACUAUCCGCCGGCCGCGUGCCAGGCCUUCCGUUCCUGCGUGGGCAAGGUCUGUGACAGCUAUGGCUUCGAAGUAACCGGCAUGUAUGGAUCUCAGGAGCGUCUUGUGGUGGGCAAUUUGGCCAAGUCCAUGACCCAACUCCAUUCAGACAUCUCCGUCGGUACUGGCACCGUCGAGUUUGGCAGCGACAUCUCUCGGCUUCAGAAGGAAGCCAUACGCAGGGAAGCCCGGCUAAAAGGGUAUUCCAUCGUGGAAGAUGAGACGGGCGUCCUCAAGGUCUCCCGCAUGUCCAUCUGUGUACCUGUUUCGGAGGCCAAGCGACGAUCGAUCCAGGAGCUCAAUCAACUCAGCGGACAAGUUUUCGAGAAGUAUGCAACUGGCGGCAGUACUGGCGGCAUUGGCGGGAUCGUCGGGCCUGCGGCAACCUACAUGCGGAGGAACGACCUGCUUGAGAUGGUCAAGGAUAGUGGAUCCGUCACGGAUGCCUUGGCUGAGGAUCUUAAGAAGGCAUACGACGACACGCUGCAUCUGCAAGUCGAGGUCACAAAGGCUUCCAAUGGACUGUCGAAGCAGUUUUUCAAAGUCUUUCUCGACAAAGCGAUGCAGGAAGCUGGGUGGUAUCCCAGCCCGGAAAUUCUGGAGGCUUUGCACGAGAAAGCCGAGAUGCAUGAUGGCAUGUUCGCCUGA